AUGAAUUCGCGACAGGACGGGUUCGAUACCUUUUACGACGACCAGGUCGCAGCCCGUCGACAGUUUUACGCGCGAGAACACGCUGUUAGUCGCACUAACGACGUUGCCGUUCUUCUUACCGUCACUGCCCUCGCGGUGACCUUUCUGUUCAGAUAUAUAAGCCCUGACGGAUCGCUUGAGGGGGCAUUUUCGUCCAUCGGCAACUUCCUAUGGGACGCGCUCGAAUUUAUAAUCCCUGCGCCGCUGCUUUUCGCAAUCGACAGCUGGAUGAAUUCCGCUACUACAUCACCGAUGCACAAUACUUUGAAUACAAGUAACCAUGCCUGCAAGAGUGAAGCCUUGCGGAGGGUGAUGGGGUUGGAUCGCCAAGACGGCGUAAUGAACUCGGUCCUUCGUGCCAGAACAAGAGCUCUCUCCAUGACAGGCAGUGUUUUGGGGCUUAAAAUCGACUCAGACAGGCCCGCAGGAUUGGGAAACAGGGACAACUCGUGUUACCAGAACAGCGUUCUCCAGGGACUGGCCUCGCUGCACUCAAUGCCAGACUAUCUCUCGGCGUGUCUUAAGGGCGCUGAAGAGUUUGGCGAUGGCAUGAACAAAAACGUUGCGCAUACGCUGCGGUCACUCAUCGCAGAUCUAAACGACGUAACGAAUAACGGAAAGACAUUAUGGACACCCUCUUUGCUAAAAUCGAUGAAUACAUGGACUCAGCAAGAUGCACAAGAGUACUAUUCAAAAGUUUUGGACGACAUCGAAAAAGGAGCAGCCUUGAUAGCGAAAAAUGUGGCUUCUGCUACACCACUCAUCGGACUCGAGGGCGGCGAUUAUAUCGGCAGAGAUGAAUAUUCUAUAAGCGAGCAUAGUGACGAUAGCGGCUACCAAAGCCAAUUGUCAAACUCCAGAGCAGAGUCUAAAAGGGCUGUGCGAAAUCCCUUGGAAGGCCUUUUGGCUCAGCGGGUUGCCUGUGUCCAAUGCGGUCACUCGGAUGGGCUGUCCAUGAUUCCAUUCAAUUGCCUUACCCUUAGUCUUGGCCUUGACAAAAAUCAUCAUGAUCUCUAUGAGAGACUUGAUUCGUACAGCAAGGUUGAAGAGAUUGAGGGAGUGGAGUGUCCGAAAUGUACCCUGUUAAAGGCGCAGAGGCUUCUAACCAAGCUGGUAGAGAGACUGGAGGCUGGUGGCUCCACGAAAGAACAACUGGCUGAACCCUUGCGUAGGUUGGAAGCUGUCCAAACGGCCUUGGAAGAAGAUGACUUCGCCGAAGAAACCAUCAAAGACCGCUGCAAGAUCACUGCUCAGAGCAGAGUCAAUGUGACGAAGACAAAGCAGAUGGUGGUUGCGCGACCACCUCAAAGUCUGGCUAUCCACGUGAAUCGAUCUGUCUUCGAUCCAUCCACUUUUAACAUGAUCAAGAAUUCGGCACCGGUGAACUUCCCAAUGACACUGGAUCUAGGCCCCUGGUGCUUGGGAAGCGCUGAAAAAGUGAAAUCUGCAAACGAAAAGAAUGCAGGGGAUGGCCAAGACAGCGAAGAAGAGUGGCAGCUGCAUCCCAUGUCAUCCAUGGUGGCGGGAGAUUUGGGAGAGUCACGAUUGACAGGCCCUAUCUAUGAGCUGAGGGCGGCUGUCACGCACUAUGGGCGGCAUGAGAAUGGGCAUUAUAUCUGCUAUCGCAAAUACCCGCCUUCUCAUCCAGAUGAUUUGAAUGACGUGCACGAGAAAACCGCAAUUCCACCUCAAGAAAUAACACACAAAGAAACAACGGAUAGUACCGUCGAUGACGACCCGGCGGACCCAAACACAGAAGAAGAAACUAAGAGCAACAGCUAUGGCAACAGAGAUUCGUCUUGGUGGAGGCUGAGCGAUCAGAAUGUGUCACAAGUCAAUGAAGAGACAGUUAUGAGCCUAUCGCCGGGAGUAUUUAUGCUGUUUUACGAAUGCGUCGACCCCUCCAUGAUUUUAUCAUCGGAGUUGAAAGACAAGGUCACGGAGUUGACGAAUGCCACAGCAGAAGUCGCCAUUACGAAGCAGGAUGAAAGCGAAGUGGACGAUGCGACUACUUUGACUCCGGCAACGACGGUGACUUCAGACUCUGUAGAAGCCGAGCUGAAAGCAGCAUCCGGGGAUAUUUUGGCCAACAGAGGCCCAUCAAUACAAGUCUGA